AAGACUUGGUUGUUCAACAACAAGAAAAAGAAGGAAAGGAAGGACAUGAUCAAGUAUGGGAGGAAAUGGACUCCCAGGAUGGUGGUCUACCAGCAGAAACGCCAAGAGGUGCUGAAGAGGAUUGAGGACGAGUCCAGGGUAAAGCCAGGAGAUCCUGGUAUGUUCAAACAUUAUCAGGCGGUGGUGAAGAUAGUCAUGGCUGAAUUGGACGAUGACAAGUUGGAGAAGGCAAAAGAAACAGCUGAAGAGUGGUCCAACAACUGUCCGCCUCCAGAGAUACAAGCACAAGUGGCUUGUAAGAAGGGUCUGGCAUAUAUGGAGCACUUUUUGAACGAGAUGUGGAGGCAAUGUGGGAUGAGAGUGUUUGUGAUGUCGGCUUGGAAGAAUGAAAAGGGCAAGGUGCUGUUCGGGAUGUGA